CCGAACCGCGGCGGGUCCGCCGCCGCCCGCCAGCCCGCCCGCCAUGUCGGCUCCCGGGACCCUCAGCAAUUACUACGUGGACUCCUUCCUGGUGCCGGAGGGGGACGAGCUGGCGGCGCCCCGCUACGCCCCCGCCCCGCUGGGGCCGCCGCCGCGGCCGGCGGCGCUGACCGAGCACCCCGAGCUGGCCCCCUGCAGCUUCCAGCCCAAGGCGCCCGUCUUCGGCCCCCCCUGGAGCCCCGCGCACCCCGCCGGCGCCAGCGGCGUCCCCGCCGUCUACCACCCGUACGCGCACCACCAGGCGCCCGUGGCACCGCCCGACGGCAGGUACAUGCGUUCGUGGCUUGAGCCUGUGCCGGGCUCCUUGUCUUUCCCCGGGUUACCUACCAGCAGGCAUUACGGCAUUAAACCUGAACCGCUGGCGGCCAGGAGGGCUGACUGUACCACGUUUGACACUCACACUUUGUCUCUCUCUGAUUAUGCUUGUGGUUCUCCUCCAGUUGAUAGGGAUAAGCAAAGCCACGAAGGCGCAUUCUCUGAAAGCAAUGGAGAAAGUGAGGCAAACGGAGAGAAACCGCAGAUCGAUCCAAAUAAUCCAGCUGCAAACUGGCUCCACGCAAGGUCCACCAGGAAAAAGCGAUGCCCUUACACCAAGCAUCAGACACUGGAACUGGAGAAGGAGUUUCUGUUCAAUAUGUAUCUCACUAGGGACCGUAGAUAUGAGGUGGCCAGACUCCUCAAUUUAACAGAGAGACAAGUGAAAAUAUGGUUUCAGAACAGGAGGAUGAAAAUGAAGAAAAUCAACAAAGAUCGAGCGAAGGACGAAUGACGGCGACACGUGGGUUAAACUGAAAACGCGUAAAGUAAAAGAGAAAAAAAAAAAAAAAAGAAAAAAGUUAAAACAAACAAAAAAAAUCAUCCCCUCGAGCCCUGCCAUGCAAUGCGUCUGGGUCCAGGCCUCAUUUUUUUCCCUUGGCAAAUUCUGAUUAUGAUUGUACAAUGAUAGUCACAGAGGCCAGAUUGCCAGGAGAGGUACAGUAAGACUUUUAAUUUUCUAAUAGGAAAGAAAAAGGGGGCAUUAGCACGAAAAGGCUGUUUAACUGGCUUGUAUAAAUCUACCUGUUUCUUCACUUAACGAAAGAAAAAAAAAAGAAAAAAACUACCUUUUCAUAAUGCACAACUAUUUACGGACUGUGUAGUUUAGUCUACGUAGUUAAUUUUAUUCGCUCUUUGCGUGGCAGAGAGAUCUCUGCUCUAAUACUUGAACACUGUGUUUUAUUGUGGUAAUUAUGUUUGUGACUCAAUUUAUGUGCUUGGGUGCUGUACCGGAUGUAAUGGUGUAAGCUAGAAUUCAAUUUGAACUCAGGUUGUUUAUUAUAAAAAUUGCAUAGAGUAUAGCUCUGUAGUGUAUUAAGUCUUUUCUGUAUAAUUAGACAGUUAACCUUUGAUUGUAAAAUAUAUAUAUUAUAUAUAUCCCAAUGCAAAAUAAUAAAAAAAAAAAGGUAGAAGAAACGUUUGUUCGGGAUGUCUGGGAAUUACGGUUCUCAAAAUAUGAAGCAAGUAAUUUUAGUAUGCACAGUUGAUAUAUAUAUAGUACUGUCUUCGUCGGUUGUAUAUAUAAUCUAUAUAUUAAAAAAAAAGUAAAUAAACAGACUAGCUUAAAUAUUGUUUUUGCACCAGUGAGCAGUUAGCAGGUUUCGGAGCUAUACGUAUAUGUGAAAAGGGUUACUACCUAUGGUUUAUGUUUGAAUUUUAAUCGAAUGAUUUGAUGGUUAUUGUAAUGAAGGUUAAUUUUAUUGAUAAUAAAUUAUACAUUAUAAAAACCUA